CCGAGAGUUGAGACCGUUGAGGUCGAGAGCCGAGGGUCGAGACCGUUGAGGUCGAGAACCGAGGGUCGAAACCGUUCAGGUCGAGAACCGAGAGUGGAGACCGUUGAGGUCGAGAACCGAGGGUCGAGACCGUUGAGGUCGAGAACCGAGGGUCAAGACCGUUCAGGUCGAAAACCGAGAGUCGAGACUGUUGAGGUCGAGAGCCGAGGGUCAAGACCGUUGAGGUCGAGAACCGAGGGUCGAGACUGUUCAGGUCGAGAACCGAGAGUGGAGACCGUUGAGGUCGAUAACCGAGGGUCGAGACUGUUCAGGUCGAGAACCAAAGGUCGAGACCGUUCAGGUCGAGAACUAAGG